AUGGACUCAUCAAUCCUCCCUGUGGCCAGGCUGGAUGUGGAUGUGGACCUUGGUUGUGCCCUCUUCUUCUUCUUCCUCCUCUGCUUCUUCUUGUUGGUGACCAUUGUCCGCUGUGCUCAGAUGGUGCUGGACCCUUACAGUGCUGUCUCUGUCACCACAUAUCAGGAGGAGCAAACGGAGGACUGA